AAAACAUGACGUGUCUUUAGCCUUAGAUAUUUGUAAUGGACUUCGUCCAGAAUUUGGAAAAGGUACUCCUGAAUUUUAUAAAAAAUUGGCUUAUAGUUGUAUGAAUGCAAAUUCAAAUCAACGACCAACAGCUGAAGAAUUGAAACAAAUAUUAGAAUUUUGGUUUUAUUCUAAAUAG